CAACCUUCCGGGCGCCGGGGAGCUGGCGUCUCCCUCCCCGGGGCAUCCUGGCCCCGAGGCCCCUAACACGCUGGCGCCCGGGCCUGCAGGAGGAGGUGGUGCACGUCCAGGCUCUGCCCAGCUGCGGUGCCCACCUUUCCUCUCAGCCUUGGCACGACAGGACGGAGAGCUGGCGGCAGCAGCAGGGACAGACGGGCGUGGACGGCCCAGUGUGGCAGACGGGAAUGGGAGGCGCGGCAGCGCUUCCUCGAGUAGGCGGCCGGUGGCCUGCCCAGGCUGCCCGGCAGAGGGAAGGGCGGCCGGGGUGGCGCGGCCCGGGAGGCCCCGCGGCCGCCGCUGACCCCCUCGCUCCCGCCACAGCCAUGUCCUACCCAGUGACCAGUCAGCCGCAGUGCGCCAGCUCCUGCUACCAGACGCAGCUCAGCGACUGGCACACGGGCCUCACGGACUGCUGCAACGAUAUGCCUGUGUGUCUGUGCGGCACCUUCGCGCCGCUGUGCCUCGCCUGCCGCAUCUCCGACGACUUCGGGGAGUGCUGCUGCGCGCCCUACCUGCCCGGAGGCCUGCACUCCCUGCGCACGGGCAUGCGCGAGCGCUACCACAUCCAGGGUUCCGUCGGGCACGACUGGGCUGCCCUCACCUUCUGCCUGCCCUGCGCCCUCUGCCAGAUGGCGCGGGAACUGAAGAUCCGGGAGUGA